AUGGCCUCCAGUGACAUGGCAAUGGGAAUGAUCUUCUUAUCUCAGACCGUGGUUGGGUUGCUGGGUAAUUUUUUCCUCCUUUACCAUUAUAGUGUUCUUUAUUUCACCAGAGCCACACUGAGGUCCACGGACUUCGUGGUCAAGCACUUGACUGUAGCCAACAUUUUGAUCUUUCUCUCUAAAGGGAUUCUGCAGACACUUUCUGCUUUGGGGGUCAACUAUUUCCUUGGUAAUAUUGGAUGCCAACUGUAUGUCCACAGAGUGAGCAGGGGUGUGUCUAUUGGCAGCACCUGCCGCUUGAGUAUCUUCCAGGCCUUCACCAUCAGCCCCAGAAAUUCCAGGUGGGCAGAGCUGAAACUACACACUUCUCAAUACGUUGGACUGUCCCACUCCCUGAUCCUGUGCUGGGUGGUAAACAUGCUGGUGAAUAUCAUCAUUCCCAUGCAUAUAACUGGGAAGUGGAAUGGCAAAAACCACACGACACAAAUGGAUUUUUUAUACUGUUCUUGGGUAGAUAAUAACAGAGUUCCACAGUUAUUGGUUAUCAUAUUGCUGUCAUCCUAUGAUGUUCUGUGUUUGGGACUCAUGAUCUGGGCCAGUGGCUCCAUGGUUUUCAUCCUGUACAGACACAGGCAGCAGGUCCAGCACAUUCACAGAACCAAUCUGUCCUCUGAGUCCAGAGUCAUUGAAACCAUCCUUGUCCUUGUGAGCACCUUCGUAUUGUUUUACACCCUCUCCUACCUAUUUUCACUGUACAUUGUUCCUUCUUAUAAUCCAAGUAAGUGGCUAGUGAACAUCUCUGCACUAAUCACUGCUUGUUUUCCUACAGUCAGCCCCUUUGUUCUCAUUAGCCGAGACCCCAGAAUACCCAAGCCCAGCUCUGCUUGCUGUGAAGAGAACACACAGCUCCCCAAGUUGGUCAAAUAA